AUGAACGGGUUCAAGGGCGGGGAUCGGUUCGUAGGCGGCGCGCAGUUCAAGGCCUCAAUUUCAAGCCGAAAUUGUCAGCACGGCGGUAGCGGCGGUGGGGCAGGGGGAAAAUCCUGCGGCGGGUGUCUGCAGGUGCGAGAGGCGCUGCGUCGGUCCCGCGUUGAGUGCCGGGACCUGAGAGGGUCGCUCUUCCGGGCAGAGCACGUGAUCAAGCAGCUGACUUUGACCAAGGCCGUCCGACGGCGAGGGGCGAACCAAAGUGGUAAUUACACGGCUCAGCUCGGCCUUCAACUAUCUUUGUCGUCACCAUCAUUACCAAGAGGAGCAACAGCAGCAGCAAUAAGAUCAACAUCUGGCGAGCAGGAACGGAGGUUGGUUCCCCAAAUGCUGACGACCAGUGCCGGUUGUGGUGGCGAACGAGGGGGGAGUAGUUCAAGCAGCCGCAACGAUGGCCACGUCGGCGAAGCGCCGUCUCGCGAAAAUCUCUUGUCCAGGGUACAGGAACUGGAGCGAGAGCUUCGCCUAGCCGAUUUUCGGGACGCGAGGAGCAUGGGGGCGACCGUAGGAGAAGAGCAUAGUCGCGCACGGAAGAACAGCACGGACGAUGAGGUGCACCUCAACAAAAGCGACAGUGACCACGAUGCCAAUUUUUCGCCAUCGAAAUCACCCUCGUCGGCAUCGUUGAGAAGGGCGCUGGGGAAAACGAGCGGCACUGGCAGCAGUAGUGGUGGUGUGUGGGAUUGGGAGGGUCCGCCUCCGUGCUCCAAGUGCUCCGUGUUGAAUGAUCGGCUGCUGGGCGAGGCAACCAAGGUUAACGGGCUGAUGAGGCGGAUUCAAGAACACCAAGAAGAGCUCAAACGCCUCCAGGGGGAAAUUGUUAGGACCAGCGGCGCACACGCGAAGGCGAUCGAGAUGCAGGAGAAAGUGGACGCGCUCACGAGCCAAGCGGAAGGGCAGACGAGGGCGAACGAGAAGGCCGGGGCCGAGAUCGAGCGGCUGGUCGCCGACCUGGACCGCACGAGAUCCCAAGCCGCUGAACACGAGGGACAGGCGCGGAGAGCGUUGGAGCAGCAACAGGCGUUGCGGAAUGAACUGUUCUCCAAGGGAAGCCUCCUAGGACAGGCGGCGAAAGAGCUCGAAACCGCUCGGGCCGCGCUCGAGUCCGAGAGGACCUCGCGAGAGCAGACGGAUCGUACAGUGGUAGCCCUGCGGAGGAAGGUGGCGGAGGAGAGGGCCGGCGCCGGCAAGACCAAGGGGGAAUUGGCGGCAGCAAAGGCGGCGCGGAGGCACUCGGAAUCGCAGGCGAGAUCAUGGAGAGGGAAAAAUACCUUGCUGGCUGCGGCUGCCGCGGACGCGACUCACCGAAAGGCCUUGAAAGCCGCCCUCAACAACUGCGUCCGCCUGUGCGUGGUAGCGCCUACCGUCAACAUCAACCUCGACGAGCGCAGCCGCUCCUUCUGCUCCGGCCUCCCGGAGGAAAGGAUCCGCGCGUUCGUGGAGGAGUCCGUUCUGCCGCGCUUCACCCGCGUCCUCCUGCAACCGGGGUCCGAAGGAGGCUCGGCACCACCGGCGCUGCCGUCGCCGACGGCAAGCAACAGCAGCAGUGGCCGCGGCAGCGGCGUCAGGGCUACCACCACCAAGGCCGCUAGGAGUUCUCCGGCCGCAUCCGUGUCCCUGUCCUCGCCCUUGAAUCGCAGCAGCACUAGAAGCGGCAGCGACAAGAAGAAACUUGGGGCGGCAUCAUCUCCGGUUGUGAUGCCCACGGCGGCAGCGGCGGCGGCGGUCGAUGAUCCAGCCGUCGACUACCACGAAAGCUUGGCGCAGAGCGAGGAUGAAGACAAGCUCGACGUCCGGGGCGGGGGCAGCGGCCUGGGUGCUGGCCAGGGACAGGGUGACUUCGACAAGUGGCUGAGAGACCUACUCCUUGACAUGCAGACGUCGAUAGAGAGGCACGUCGCCAGCGUUUUCCAGACCCAGACGGCGGCGACCGCUGCCACCGUAGGUGGUAUCGCGAGCAGCGGGGGCACCUCGACCUUGAGGCGGUAAAGCGAAGGCAGGAAGAAAUAACGGUUGUGUUAGGCGCAUGGGAAAAGUGGCAUCUGUGCACGAACGGUGCGGAAAACCUGAGUAGGGUACUCCGCCACCGAGUUUCAGGGAUUUACUUCACUGCUUUCGGUUGCGCGGCAGCCUGAGUGUGUCGAUGCCCUGCGUUGAAAAGCAACCUAAAUCCCGAAAGAUAGCCUUGAAAGUACCGAUGUACAUGAGCUAUCGUUGUGUCGCUGAAACCUCGUCGUGCCCGCGUCUUUUGAGAACGCGAGCAGGAAAUCGUGAUCUAGAAUUACUUGGGAGAACAAGGUGAAAGAUUGGGGUUCUCCCCGCCCUUGUAGGCGUGUAGGGAAACCGAAUUGUCGACUGGCACCGAGAAGUGCCGUUCCGGAGAGCGGGCGUUGUAGUGCGAAGACAUGUUCGUUAGGUUAGCCUUGCACGUUCACCCACACGGUAUCUCUUGGAGUCCGUCCCCCCCGAAGUCUGCAGUGGGACAGCCACUACAGCAAGCAGCCACAAGUUUUUGGCUUUCCUCUCUGUGUGGAAUAAGUGAGUUUUGAUCCACCCGCGAGUAUUGUGUUCUUGUGCAAUUGCCAUGUCGAACUACACUAUCGUUGAAUUAUGUAAGGAAACAGUAUGCAAGAACAGCUACAAAUUUGCGGCACGGCUUGCACAGCGGCGGUACAAAGUUGCGUACGCAAAUCACUGGAUGUGUACGGGAUAUCCUCCUUGUUUUUAGAUCCGUUGAGCAGUAUAUAGCACAAUAUAUUCCGGGUGUCGGUCACACGUUAGGUACAUGGAUUUGUGGGCUGUCGGUUUGAAAGCGCCAACCUCAACUUCAAACUCGUGUUUCCAGGGCAUUAUUCAUGUGUGAACCUCGCUGAAAUUCAUUCCCCAUCCUACACGUAGUAGCUGAAUUCUCCAUUCAUGUUUGUUGAUGAAGAAUACAAUUGUACGAGUGACCUCCUGCGGUCAUGGCGGUCGCACAUGUUGAUCUUGAAGCUGUUUCUGUGCGCCUGAGAGUGAGAAAGCCUUCUGUGCAGAAUCGCUGCGUGGAGAUCAGGUGUUAAUCGUUGACUAUUGCUCGCCGGAACACAAGAGAACCGCCUUUGCACAUGGACUGAAUCCGUGCGUUGACUCGCGCCGACCGCGGUGUGUGUGUGGCGAAAAUAUAGUGAAUCUCGCUGGCGAAUAGGGGCCCUUCCUUAUAUCCGGCGGUGCUCCCCUUUGUUGCUUAUUGCGAUGUUCCAGAUAUCGUUUCCGUCGUCAGCGUGAAGUUGAAGUGUGAAUACUAAUACUCACGAAUGAAUCAUUCCCCCGCUAGAAUUGCACUCCGACUCAGGGCGGGGGAGACCUCACAGAAGCAUCCGAGUGAAUUGCCGACAAAGCAAGUGAUUUUACAGUAUAUGGAUGUACGCCAUCAGCCCAUCAGGGGUUAGAAUAUGGAAGGCUCGGCAACGUCGUGUGGCGGAUCUUUCUGCGUUGUGAGUUGCCUGGGUGUCUCUUUGUGAGAACCUUGAUUUGCCAACGCCUGACAUUCGUGGUGAACAUGUCAGCGUGAUCCGCCAUAUGUUCGAGAAAUUUCUUUGUGAAACGUUGUUGCCACAUAGUGGUGUUGAACGUUGCCACCCAAGAGAUCCAAGAUGCUGUGGUGUGACAGGAUACUAGAAACAUCACCGGCAAAAAAUGUCAAUUAUUGCAAUGGGCCAACCCAACGCGCAUUCCACACCAUCACCGCAUCCUACGCAACAAUCGGCGUGAGCAAAGGUGGAUGUCUGGUGUUGGUGGUCAGGAUAUUCCAAGAGAUGGUGAUCGAGGGGCGAAACACAAUGGAUGAGGAUGGACAGCAGUGCUGCUGCCGACAGAAACUUCGUUGAAUACCCUCAAUAAUCCCAAAUGAAAAAAUAUCAUGAAGGAAGAGCCACAAGUUACGAAAAAAACGUUCAGAUAUAUAUGUGCUUCGAAGUAUCAAUGAGCAGUCCUCACGCGCAGCAAAGAAAAAGACGAGGAAGGACAGCUGUCCGCUCCAUAUCCUAAACCACCCGGCUUCUGCCCUAUGUCAUUGUUUUCCCUUCACAAAAUCUACCACUAUAGCUUCUCGUUCGUCCCACCUGGCUCUCUCUUGGCGUCACUCCGGAUGGUAGUGUCGCUCUGCUCUUCAUAAAACGUUGUAACUUACGAAACAACCACCACCUUAGUGAUACGAAAAUACGGUUGUUGCAAACCACACAACCACCUUACUACUAAUACGCAAUACACAGAAGAACCAGUAUCCUUCGUCGUGCAACCACACAUCAAUGUGAAACAUAACACCGAGAAUCCACACCAUCACCGAGCAACCAAAACACUUCUCUAUAUUGACAAUCCCCCACCUUCUUUCUGCUAUGCAGUCCAGUAGGGAUAAGUUGGCAAAGCCCGCCCCGCGAGCUUUGACGCAGGAGCACAUUCGGAUAUUAGCCUUGUCUCGCCACCCCCACCCCGUUCCCUAACAUCACUUGCUGACUUUCGAUGCAUUGUCGUGCGCCACGAGUCGCCCGUUCAUGUACCUGUGAAUAUUCACGCAUUCAUCCCCCUUCCGAUGUUUGGUUGAAGUCUCUAGUAGCCGUUAUUUCUCGGCUCGGCGUCGCUUCGGUUUCUUUGCCUACCAUCAUGCU